GUUCAAUACGUGUAUGUUAUGCAACAUAUGUACAGCUUCAUAAAUCGGUUGGAAGGUUACAAAUGUUAAAAUAUAUUAAACCAAUCGCUAGUAUGUGUGCUGCACAUGACGAAGAUUUCUGUCCCUCUCAUCAGCACCGUAAAUGCUUCCUCUUUAAGGUAGGGGCAGGAGAAAGUCGCAUUAGAAUUAAACUCCAUACACCACAUAAGCACUCGCCCGGGUGGUAACAGGGGAGUAUACGUCUAUACAUAUAAAAACAACAAUGACGGACACACAGCUAGAGGGUAAGUUGUUUAAAAUGGAUUCCGCAGCGAAAGCCGCCAGUUGCUCGUCCUUCCGAGGCUGGCGAUUGGCUGACAUCACCCCUGACGUCACGGUCCGGCUGUAACAAAGUCUCCCGCUUAUUGCCUUAUGACUAUGUCAAUCAAAGUGGCUCACGCCCACUUACAUUGCAGCAUGGGCUAAUGGUUAUAAUGUAAGAAAAUACAGAUACUGUAACGAAAAAAGACGUUUUCGGAGGAAGAGGAAAAAAGACAUCGCACUCCAGUGAUAAAUGGCAAAGGGGGGGCUGUGGUAAUUUUGGAAACAUGCUGACUGACCACCCUGAGGUAGCAUAUAUUUUCCAGCUGUGACGCAUUUAGACCGAAACAUCUGGAUGUCUUUGCAUGACCCUCCACAUCCGGACGUCUUUGCAUGACCCUCCACAUCCGGACGUCUUUGCACGACCCUCCACAUCCGGACGUCUUUGUAUGACCCUCCACAUCCGGACGUCUUUGCAUGACCCUCCACAUCUGGCCACAGAAUGAUCUGCAGCUUCACCACCUUCUGUGGUUUUUCAAGAUAAAGACUUUUCAGCUGCAAAUGUUUUCUCUGACGCGCGAUGCCGAUUGUGGACAAGCUGAAGGAGGCCCUGAAGCCGGGCCGCAAGGACUCGGCGGAGGAGCCGGGGGACCUGCACAGGCUGCUCACCCACUCAGCCCGGAAGGUGCUGCUGCAGAAGAUCGAGUUCGAGCCGGCCAGCAAGGCUCUCUCUGGCCAGUUGGAGGCACUCAGGAGCAAAUACGUCAUCCUAAACCCUAACCCUCUGCUCAGAAUCGAGGGCGCCGUGGGACAGAAGGCCUUAGAGUCCGGCCUGAUCAAGAAGCAGGUCCCCGAGAGCGCUGGCGAGAGCCAGGGCGAUGGGAUCCCAGCCCCGCAGAAGGUGCUUUUCCUGGGCCACAAACUGUCCAUGCGAUGGGAACGAGUGUACAGGGUGGGGGCCGGCCUCCACAACCUGGGCAACACCUGCUUCCUCAACUCCACGGUGCAGUGCCUGGCCUACACACCACCGCUCGCCAACUACCUGCUCUCCAAGGAGCACAGCCGUGCCUGUCACCAGUCUGGCUUCUGCAUGAUCUGCGUGAUGCAGAACCACAUCAUCCAGGCCUUUGCCAACACGGGCAACACCAUCAAGCCUGUGUCCUUCAUCCGGGACCUGAAAAAAAUCGCCCGUCAUUUUCGCUUUGGCAGUCAGGAAGACGCCCAUGAGUUCUUGCGCUACACCAUCGACGCCAUGCAGAAAGCCUGCCUGAGCGGAUAUGGAAGGUUAGACAGGCAGACUCAGGCUACUACGCUGGUCCAUCAGAUCUUUGGAGGCUACCUCAGGUCACGAGUCAAGUGCUCAGUUUGUAAAAGUGUGUCGGACACCUAUGACCCUUACCUCGACAUCGCAGUGGAGAUCCGGCAAGCUGCAAACAUCGUGCGAGCUUUGGAGCUGUUCGUGAAACCGGAUGUCCUGAGUGGGGAGAACGCAUACAUGUGUGCCCAAUGCAAGAAGAAGGUGCCUGCGACCAAGCGCUUCUCCAUCCAUCGCACCUCCAACGUGCUAACCCUCUCCCUCAAGAGGUUCGCCAACUUCAGCGGCGGCAAGAUAACCAAGGAUGUCGGCUACCCUGAGUUCCUGAACAUCAGGCCCUACAUGUCUCAAAGCUCAGGUGAUCCUGUCAUGUACGGCCUCUACGCGGUCCUGGUGCAUUCUGGGUACAGCUGUCAUGCCGGACACUACUACUGCUAUGUCAAGGCCAGCAGUGGGCAGUGGUACCAGAUGAACGACUCGGCAGUACAUCCCAGCAGCAUCAAGGCCGUCCUGCAGCAGCAGGCCUACGUGCUCUUUUACCUGAGAAUUCCUGAAGCCAAGAAGACGGUGGAUGGUCUUGGGGUGAAGCAGGCAGCAAUGCAUUCUGGGAAGAGCAGCCUUACCCCCGAACAGCUGAAGAAAACCGUCGUCAAUGGACCCCUGUCAUCCCCUCAGGUGACCAAGAAGCAGCUGGAGUCCUCACAGCUCCGAAAGGUUCAGUCUCUGGAUGGUGUAGGCGGGAUUGCCAUGGCAACACCCAGGAAAGGUCCCCUCGGCCAGUCGCCCACACCCAUUGGCUCCACCAAACAGCCAGGUGGCUCCCCAUUGGCUGAGGAGCUCCUGAAGAAGGUGAAGAAGCCUCUGGGUCAGCGGCAGGCAUCCGAGAGGCCCCCGGGCCCCCCCCAUGGGCCGGGCCGGGUGGAAGGCAGGUGUCUGGCCACCUCAGCCUCCAUGAAGUCUCUCUCAGAUUCCUCCACCUCUUCCUCUACUUCCACCUCCUCUUCUGCCAACUCCUCUGAGUCAAAGGAGUCCGUCAGCAGGGCGGCGCCGCGGCGCAGGGAUUCGCUCUGCCCACGAAGCGCGAGCUCCUCCAGGGGUGGGUCCUCGUCCUCCAGCUCCGACGAGCAGCCCCCCCUCCCGCAGAAUGGCACGGAACCUGGCAGGGCCCCGGCGGAGGGCCCGGCGACUCCGAAACUGAAACCACGGGCCCUCACCAAUGUGGCUUCCGAGGUCACCAGUGCCAUGUCUCCCCCACCCGCCAAGAAGCUGGCCCUGUCUGCCAAGAAGGCCAAGAGCAGUCGGGGUCCUGCCAGCAGUGAGGACCUGCCCCCCCCUCUCUGCCCCCCAUCCAGUGACCCCACACAUCCAGCUCAACUGUACCUUUUGAACUUUGACUUUCUCACCCACAGGACCAGGACCGUCCCCUUCCUUUGGCGUUCCUCCACCGUGCACGGCCAAACCCACGCGCCGAGCUCUGGUCACCAGGCGCCGACCCCCCCAGCCCGCAUCCACAUUACCGCCACGCCCCCACUCUGCGGCCAAAAGGGUCCCUCUGCAGCAACAGCCAGGCUCCUCAGAACCAAGCUAGCCCUGGGGAUCAGUGACCUCCGCGGGUCCAUCCACCCAGACGCCGCUGAAGCCCCCAGCUCAAAGUCAAGAAAAAGAUGAGGAUGAGGAUGGACGACUAAAUAGACCAAGGAGCACUGGCUGCCCCCCCUCAUUCAUAAAUCCUUAAAAGGAAGAGAACCGGUGGCUCGGUUACAUGAACCAGAGUGUCAGUAGCUUCACAGCACAUGGUGAUGCAGACCACAGUCAAUGAGGCCAGAUGAGAUCUGUGCAGGCAGGGUGGUCACGCAGUGGUGGGUCUUACUCGGAGCCACAGGGGAGUAGCUUCUUAUUUUCAUUAAAGGAAAGUGAAAGUGAAAGUAAUACAAAACAGAGAGGAACAUGAUACCAAACGUUGGAUACUCUCUCUGGUCCAGGAAGUUCCAGCUCCCCAUCUCCCUUCUCCCUUUCAUUUACUCUAAAUGGUUAUUAACCGUUUGGCUUUUCAACACCAAUGACACACAACUGGAGUAAAAAUGUCGACAAUCCACAAUGACCCCAGAAUCUGAAGAUCAGGUGAGAUCCCCACCACACCUGGGAGAAAUUCCAAGAUCCCUCCUGGUCCUCCUUUGGGAAUGUCAGAUGGAUUGGUAACUCAGGCAACUCAAGAAGGAAUAUGGGAAGGGGGGGGGGGGGCUGGAGAGAAAACAAUAAACCAAGCAUUGGGGAAUGUUCCUGUGGUGGGCUUCUGUGGGGGUGAUGCGGCCUAGGGCCCUGCCACCCAGGCAUGGACAUCUGUAACGGUGACGGGGCCAAAAUGCAAACUGUAGACCUCCAGAAGGUCCUGAGGGGCAGUGUACAAAGCAGACCUCAUCACCAUCCCUCCCCAGAUCUGAAGACGCGUAACUUAAGUCAUUUUCACCUCCCUGAGCUGCAUGCAGACGGAGGCCCCGCGUUGGUUUGUUUUGGAAACAGUUCCUUCCGGAGACACCGUGGACCAGCAGAGACGACGUGGAUGAUGCGAAUGACAAACGCUGUCGCGGCUCUUAAGGUUUCCCAGCAAAACCCCCCCGAUAUACCAUGUCUCAGUGUGUUUCGGUCAGGACCAAUAUGUCAGGAAAGCAAAUCAGCAUUAUCCUCCUUGCGCUUAACGCUGUGGCCAGCUGGCUCCUACACUAAUAUUUUAUAUUUUUAGCUUAGAGCUUGCAGGAUGCGACCCAUAUUUCAUCAGAGCCAGAGAGAAAAACAUAUUCUAGGCUAUGCUGCGCACAAACAUAAUCAUUCAAAUGCAAUUUGACUAUUAGUUCCAGCUCAAAAUGCACAACAUUGACAGAAAGAUCAGCCAGUCGUGGCUGAGGAGCAUAAACUCCCACAAUCCACCAUGUUUCAGAAUGUGACUUAAUGUCACGUAUUCUGUACAAAGAUUCACCUUUUUAUGCAUUUCAGUUCUAGAAGACAUUCCGUUCACUUUUCAGGGCUUUGCAGCUCUCAGUGACAGAUGAAGCACUUUUCUCUGAUUUAGCUCGUGCUGUGUGCCGUUGACGCCUAUGCAGUCUGGUCAGGGCUGGGUCUCUCUCAUCCAUCCAGGCUCCAUUUCCUGUGUCAGGCAGGAAGUAGGUGUGGGUGUGUGUAAGGUGGAACGCUGCGAGUGUCACGCUCGUUACAGCCUUCCCACCACAUAAAAGGGAGACAGCGUUUGGUACUUGUUCAAGAAGAUAAGUCAAAAACUAUUUUUACGAUAAAAUCAUAAAUGUAGGUGGUUCGUUUUCCGCUAAGAAAGCACAUCACCAAGCCUCCGAAUAUUAGUGUUGAACUCAAAAAUAGAAAUUAAUCAAUAAACUAAAACAAAAUAAAAGCUGGGUUUCUUUGUGAGGGGAGCAAGUUUGUUGGUUUCUCUUGCUGGGUCCGAACGGAAUAUUGACUUUGAAGUUCUUCCCCAGGUUUUAUGUAACUUGUCAUACAUUGUUGCAGAUGCCUGCAUGCAGCGUUGCCAAGGUAACCCUGUAGUCUGACAACAAUCUACCUCUCGUUGAGUCGCCCCGGUGGCCAGAUCCCUAUGCUGAGACCUUCACCUCUAUCUGUCUGCGUAGCUGUAGACCCCUUGCAGCCCUUAUAUGUAGCUUCUGACUGGAAGUUCCUGACAGCCUGCCUCAUGUAUUCCGCUUCAUUGCCACUUAGACCCCAGUGUAAUCUAGACGUAGAUGUACUGUUUGACUGGCAAUUUCCCAGAAUAGUCCAUCUGCCUGUUGGUCCCUGGUCUAGCUGAACUUGAAGAGUCGUUAGUUGCUUUUACGUCCUACACCUGAGCCGACACAGAGCUUGACGUGUCCUGGAAGACAGAUGUGCGGGUUUCUUAUGAGAUACAUAGCAGUGGCCAGAAUUGUGGAAACACCUAGCAUUUUCGGCAUUACACUUUAAAAAUUAGUACACAAAUAUUUCCAGUAAUGUUUAUAAACAAUCAAAGAAUGCUACAAAGAUCAUGCAUUGGAAAAUUAAGUAAGUAACUGGAGCAACAGCUCAGUAGAAUUCUGUAGAUCAUGUUACCAGGGACUAUGCUGUGAAAAGCAGGCUUCUGAAUAUUCUAUUAGCGAUUACCCUGCAUACAGAAUGACUGAUUUCAAGAAUGAUGCUUAUGGAUUGGUUGGCUUAUGACGUCACCAGAAAGCCGUACCUGGGAUCAUCGUCUUCUUCCAGCUAGUAUUUGGGCUGUAAUUCCGUAAUUGUAAAACUGUAAGUGACUUUGUGCUAGAAUUUGCUGCCUUACACAGGUGUGCUCAAGUCUUUCCCCGAGGGAGGGGGUGAUUUCUCUGGACCUUACCUUAACGUAUGCUUGCUUAAAGGCACGCCAAGUGCCCAGUAUAAAUACUCUAUGCAAUCGUGGGCUUUAAGUCUGGCGCGUCUGGCCCAGAUCUGCAUCAGAUCUUCAGAAAUCGCCCCCCGGCCGUCCCUCCUCCUCCCCCUCCUCCUUCGUUGAUCUUUCUGUACAAAGAGCUGAAUGUCUUUAACACUACGCGUCGUGCAUCCACCCCAGUAGGUAAUGAAAAAGUACGAAUCUCUUAAAUGUACGUAACGUAAGCAAACAGGAGCCGUAGCAGAAAAUUAGGGUACGGACACAGACGGACUGCAUCUAUAUUAGGAGUAAUGACAGAAAACGCUUAGUCACCGUAGAAAACACAGAUAGUGUCCUGUACCAACCUCCUGACUUUGUCUUCGGAGUGACUCCGGUUUUAAUGAGUAGCGUGAUAGUCGAUGAACUUCCAGACAAGUCAAGGAACUGCAUCAACAGGGUCUUUGUUGUGUGUGUCGUGUCUGUAACAGAGUGUGCAGAUAAUUUGUGCAAAAUCAGACUGAGAAUAUCAGUAUUUUAAUAUGGAAUAUAUAGACAUUUUUAAAACGCAGAACUUAGGCUAAAUGACCCGUGAGUCAUGACAGAAUUUAGCGUUGUGUUACCCUUUUUUCAGCAAAUGGUAACUUGUUCUUCUGAUAGUGACUUGUAUAAAGAAAUGAAAAAAUGAAUAAAGAAUUAUUAUAUCAACCGGU